AUGGACUCUAAUCGGAUAAUGAUUGUUUUUAAUAGCGGUUUGAUGAACAAUAUGGGAAGAGGUGGAGUUUCUGAUAUGAGCAAAAUGAUCCCCUUCUUCUACUUGGCUUGUGCAUCAUUCCUUGCUUGUUUCUUAGAGGGGUUUUGUUGGACAAGAACUGGGGAGAGACAAGCUACAAAAAUGAGAAGAAACUAUUUGAAAGCGGUGUUACGCCAAGAGGUAGCUUACUUGGACUCUCAUCACACAAGUGCCACUGAGGUUGUAAUAAGCAUGUCAAAUGACAUUCAGAUCAUUCAAGAUGUUCUCAGUGAAAAGGUGCCAGACUUUGUGAGUAAAGCCUCCAGUUUCAUUGCAAGUUACGUGGUAGCAUUUGUAUUGAUGUGGAGGCUGGCUUUGGUUGGACUCCCCUUUCUGUUGCUUCUGCUACUUCCUGGUUGGAUGUGUGGGAGAAGCUUAACAAGAAUAGCAGGGAAGAGAAGGCAAGAACACAUUAAGGCAGGGACAAUCGCGGAACAGGCAAUAUCAUAUAUUAGAACAGUUUAUGCAUAUGUUGGAGAGAACAAAACUAUUACACAAUUUUCUGCAGCUCUUCAUGGUUCUGCUAAGCCGGGGUUGAAACAAGGCUUGGUUAAAGGCUUGGCAGUCGGUAGCACCUACUCUAUCUUUGCCAUUUGGGCUUUCAUGUCUUAUUUUGGUAGCAGAAUGGUCAUAUACCAUGGUGCUCUAGGAGGGACUGUUUUUGCUGUUGGUAUUUUUUCACUAGUCAAUGGAGGAAUGGCAAUGGGUUAUGCUCUAUCAGACUUGAAAUGCCGGACAAUUGUCACUGCUCAUCAGUCAUUACUGCCGGAUUGUUGA